CUGGAGAGCUUUGCUGAGAACGUCAACAGCAAAUUUCAAGCUCUUACAAAAGAAGUGGCUGACAUUAAAGAAAAUAAAGUUUAUUCCAUUAUAAUUCUCGAGAACACUGUCCAUGAAUUAAAGAAAGAGAAAUAUGACCUAAGCAAAGCUAACAACGACUUAAGAGAGAAGAACGAAGUAUUACAUCAAAAAAUUUCGGAUUUUAAUUCGACAGUACAAAGAUUGGAAGAUGAGAAGCAGAGUCUAAUCACAACCCUAAAGCUAGUUCAAAAGGAAACUCAAACUGUUCAGCCGGAUUUAAAUGACAGAAUGCAAAACCUUGAAAACGAAAAUAAGAGCUUAUCAACGACAUUAACACUCUUGCAACACGAAUAG